AGAAGCAGAGUAGGGCGGGGCAUUCCUUCGCCGUCCUAGGAAACGCAAUUCCGCCAGCAAAGUACCACAACGGCAGCGCUAAAUUCACUCAUCCACACAAUUAACACCAAUAACACUGUAACUGUGUGACUGCUGGUUUACAUCUUCAAAUAGUAAAUGUUCAUCUAGAAAAGGGAAGAUUGUAGUUCGGCUUGUCACCUGUCUAGUUUACCUCAAAUCGAAGUAUUUAAUUGGGGGCUCUUAGGUUAACGUUAGCUAGCUAACCGCUUGUUAGUUAGCAUGCUGCUGUCUUUACACAGACAACUCCUCUCGGAUUAAUUUGAUCUCGUCAUGACCGAGUUAAGAUGUCGAAAAACAGACACUUUGGAGGGAGAAACAGAAGAGGACGAGGGCCAGAUUGAGCCUGAAGUGCAGACCACAGAUACCAAAGAGCCGGUGAACACAGAGGAGGAUGAGGGGAGUGUGUCUAGUGGUGGCGAUGGAGGAGAAAAACAGCAGAAAGAUGAGGGUCAAGUUAAAGAAAAAGAUGCACAACAUAAAGAGGAGGAAUCAAACAAAUCGGCUGUCAAAAAAUCCAAGAGUUCUCCUGCCUCUGUUUUUUUGCAGCGCCUGGUGAGGGUAUUCUUCGGAUUUCUUGCAGCAGUUGCCUGUGGCAUCCUUUAUGCUGCGUAUCUGUCCGCGUAUCAUGACAGGAAGUUCUGGUUUUCCACUAGACAGGAGCUAGAGCGUGAACUCACGUUCCAGGGAGGCAGUGGGGUCUACUAUUACUACUACAAGCAUAUGCUGACCGUACCGUCCUUUGAAAGAGGGUUUUAUGAGCUGACAAUAGACAACAGGACUGUUUCAGGUCAGACCAUUAAUGCAGUGGAGCGUUUGUCUCUGUAUCCAGAGCUCAUCACAAGCUACAUUUACAGAGUCACAGACAGCCAGGAUUUUGUUGAGCCAAUCUACUUCUAUGUUGGAGCUGUUUUCGGGCUCCAGGCGGUCUACGUCACUGCCCUGUUUGUGUGUAGCUGGGUGAUGAGCGGCACCUGGGUGGCCGGCAUGUUGGCCGUGGCCUGGUACGUGAUUAACAGACCAGAUACAACAAAAGUUGACUUUGCCAUUCCUCUGCGGGACAACUGGGCUCUGCCUUACUUCUCUUGCCAGGUUGCAGCUUUGACUGGGUUCCUGAGUAAUAACAUCAGCUCUGCCACUGAGAUGUUUUGCUAUCUUACCAUGAGUGCCACCACCUUCACCUUCCUCCUAGUCUGGGAACACAGCCACUAUGUGCUCUUCAUCCAAGCCCUCUGUCUUUUCUUGCUUGACUCUUUUGACCUGGUGCCACCGCGUAAGAUGGCUGACAUUCACAAGGUGUACCUCAGCUCUUUGUUCCCGGUCUACUUGUGCCAGUUUCAGAACCCGGCCUUGCUCAGCUCGCCUCUUCUCGGCCUCCUGAUUGGCUCAGUGCUCGCGCGGUACUUCCAGCAAAAGAUGAAGAAGGGACCUUUUGUGGCCAGACUGAUGAAGCUCUUUCUACAUUUCCACCUAGUCUUUACCACAGCAAUCACCUUCAGUUAUUUGGUCAAGAAACUUAUACCUGUAAGUGAGAGUGACUUCAUUUUGAAAUUCCUUGAAGUAAAAUUUGGGCUCAACACAACAACAGACUUCAUCACCAACUUCCUCCUGUGCCAAGAGAGUUUUCAGACACCCAGUCAGGACUUAUUUCUACGACUGACGCAGUCCUCUGUCCUUCCUUUCUACUUACUGGUGCUCACUGUUUGCCUGCUGUCCACCCUGCAGACCAUUUACAGAAGACUCAGUGGCCAGCCAAUAAAAACCAACAUCAGACUUGAAGAUGGACGAAUAGGAGAGCAACCAGAGGUCAUCUAUCAUGUUUUUCACACGUUGCUUUUUGGAGGUCUGGCUCUGCUGUUUGAUGGGAUGAAAUAUUUAUGGACCCCAUAUGUGUGCAUGUUUACGGCGUUCGGCGUGUGUUCUCCAGACCUCUGGAUGACUGUGUUUAAGUGGCUCAAACUGAAGUCCAUCCACCCUGUAGUACUGUCUCUGAUCCUGAGCACAGCGGUUCCUACUAUCAUUGGUUUCAGUUUGUGGAGAGAGUACUGCCCUCGUGUCUUAGCAGAGUUGUCAGACGUGCAGGAGUUUUACGAUCCAGAUACAGUAGAGCUGAUCAACUGGAUCAAGUCACAGGCUCCAGUGGCGGCUGUCUUUGCAGGUAGCCCUCAGCUGUUGGGAACCGUGAAGCUAUGUUCAGGUUCAGCUGUGACCAGUCUACCGCUUUACUCAGACAUCAACCUGCUGAGGAGGACAGAAGAUACUUACCAGGUGUAUGCACUGAGAUCCGCAGAGGACAUCUACAAGAUUCUGACCUCUCAAAAGACAAACUAUGUGAUCAUAGAGGACUCCAUUUGCAACGAGCUUAGUCUUAAUAAAGGAUGCAGGCUCAAAGACCUGCUAGACAUUUCCAAUGGACAUGUCAUUUAUGACAAAGAAGAGAUUUACUCUUUCUCAAAGCACAGAAGAUUCUGCCAUGAGAUAAAGAUGAACUACUCGCCCUACACAAACUACUUCACUCGGGUUUUCUGGAACCGCUCGUACCACGUGUACAAAGUGAACGCUGUCAUCUCCUUUCAGUACUGACAGCAGCUCCCGCCUCCUUGGCAGACUUCACUGGGCCUGGCUCUGCCCUUCUCCAGUGUUUCACAGUUUAUCCACAAUGCAGCACAGAUCACUGCAAAUAUGUUGUUGCAGUGUGUGCGCUCAGAAAAAAGGUCUAAUCACUGGUACCGUCCACAUCCUGGUGUCGAUGGUGAAUCGGUAUCAACUGAGCACAUAGUGAUUUUGGCCUACACCUUGUUUGAUUAAAAUCAACAUGAAGCAGCCCUGUUGAAAUAUGCCAUAAUAACCACUUUGCUGUUGUUUUAUAAGCCAUGCGUUACUGUGAUAUAUUUAAGGAAGGGAGAGUUUGAAAUGUGUGGUCUGUGUGUUACUUGUACAGAAGCAAAGAUCAGCUGUGGUCGCUGAGAUUUAUUUAGACUCUGCAAAAGGAAAGUAAGUAAAAAAGGGUUAGGAGAAUUCUGUUGUUAAAGAAAACACCCAGCUCAGUUAAGAGUUCAAUAAUAUAGUUUCUGGUGUAUAUCAUCAGCUAAUAAAUAUAUUUGAAACUCAGGAGCACACCUGAGACAUUGGAAGAUCAAUGACUAGCAAUUCAAUGUGAAAAAAAAUAAUCUGUGGAGAGACUGUUUGGUUUUAAUGUGUCGUAUGUGCUCUGCUUUUCCCAUUUACAACAUGGUUUUGUUACAGGGCCGUUCUGUUUUAUAUCAAAAUAUUGAUGGAACAACCCAGGACGAUAGAAACAUCUGUGAUCUUUCUUUUAGCCUUAAAAGGUAGUGAAGGCUGGUUCUGAUGCUACUCAUUUUAAUGGCUUUAUCUUCAUCAUGCUCUUCAUCUGGAUGCCUUAUUGUGAGACGUAGGACUGAUAUCUCUUUAUCGAUCACAGCUUUAGUUAUGUCUUUAGUUAAGAGACUGAUCGGUUCCCCUUCCCUGGUUCUUACCUGUAAGUAUUUGGCGGUAAUUUCUUUCUGGUGCUGAAAGUCUCACCAAUAACUGUCCCUGUGCAAGAGGCCAUGUAGUGAAUAUUAGGUUGUAUUGAAUU